AUGGGAGUGCAAGAAUCAGUCGUUGAGUACAUUGGAAGGAUCCAAGUAGUGGUGAACGCCAUGAGACCCUGUGACAAGGUCGUGAAAGAUAAGAAAAUUGUGGAGAAAAUACUCAGAACGUUAACCCCACAGUAUGACCAUAUAAUUGUGGCCAUAGAAGAAUGUAAAGAUCUUGAGAAUAUGAGAGUUGAGGAAUUACAGAAUUCUUUGAAGGCGCAUGAGCAAAGGUUGGUUGAAAGGAGAAAUGCCGAAAAGGUGCUUGUUCAAGGCACAAUUCAAGCUUUGCAAGCCAGAAAUAAUCAAAGCUACAAGGGUCGUGGAGCUGGAAGAGGUAGAGGCCGAUCACAAGGGGGACGAUCGGGAGGCAGAAAUACAAAUGCUUAUGAUCAAUUUGUUGAAGAAAAUGGCAGCGAGCAUAGAGGAGGAAACAAGAGAGCCGCGAAGAAGAUCAAGAAUGAUGAGGCGGCGAAUCUUGCUCAAGAUGCAUGCGAUUCAAAGUCUGAUCAUGUUCUUUUAAUGAGCACAACCGAAUGGUGUGAAAAAGCUUUAGAUCACGUGUUGCUUUCCAGUGAGAUAAGCCAUGCAGAAGAUGAAACGAGUUGGUACUUUGACACAUGGUGUUCCAAUCACAUGACGGGUAAGAAAGAUUGGUUGAUCGAUCUAGAUACGAGUGUAAAGAGUAGUGUAAGAUUUGCAGAUAAUAGUGUGAUCAUGGCAGAAGGUGCAGGCAAGGUCCUGAUCACACGCAGAGAUGGCAAAUCCGCAUACGUAAACAAUGCGUUGUAUGUACUGUCAAUGAAGAGUAACUUGCUUAGCUUAGGACAUCUACUUGAGAAAGGCUAUACAAUGUUGAUGCAGCAAAGGCACAUAGAAGUGUUUGAUGAAAGACAACGUCUAGUGAUCAAGGCUCCUCUUGCCAGAAACCGAACGUUCAAGUUGAAAAGCAAAGGACUGGUGAAGGGAGUUCCUCUAAUCAUUGCACCGAAUAAGGUUUGUGAAGGUUGUGCAGUUGGGAAACAAGCCAGGAAGAAGUUUAAAAGAUUCGCCCCCAAGAGAGCAAAACAAAUGUUGGAUGUUGUGCAUUCAAACGUGUGCGGUCCUUUUGACGUGUCAUCCCUCGGAG